ACAAUAUCUACGGUGGAGGUUUGCGCGAGGGUUUAUAUAAGUUGCGCAGAGUUUCUCUUUAACUGAGAUUCUAGCAGUUGUGAACAUGACAUCAGUAAAACUUUUUUGGGGGGCGCUUUUGGCUCUUAGUGUUGGGAUCGACACUACCUUUUCCCAUGAUGGUUUGGAAUUCCUGCACCCUUCGGCGCCCGAGAGGGUGCAUUAUGGCUCACUUGACGCGAAGGCGGUAAAGUCAUUGUUCAAGCAAUUCACCAUCGACUAUGGCAAACGAUACGAAAAUCCGAAAGAAGAAGAGGAAAGACUGAAGAUAUUCUCAGAGAAUUUAAAAGUAUAUGACCAGAUGAACGAGGAGGAAAGAGGAACUGCCGUUUACGGGAUCAGCGAGUUCUCCGACAUGACAGAGGAGGAAUUCAGAAAUAAGAUGCUGACACUAGAUAUAAAUGCCAUGAAACAUCAGCUGGGUGAUCACCAUUAUGAUGAUUCAGAACUGAAAAACGUGAAAGCUCCAAAAAAUUUUGACUGGAGACAGAAAGGAGCAGUUACUCCAGUUAAAAAUCAGGGAUUCUGCGGUUCUUGCUGGGCUUUCUCGGCUGUCUGUAAUCUAGAAGGACUUUACUUCAAUAAAUACAAGAAGCUGGUGAAUUUAUCCGAGCAGCAGAUCGUCGACUGCGACACAACAUCGUACGGAUGUGGUGGUGGAUGGAUGGAGAAUGCCAUAAAUUACUGUAAGGAAUGCGGUGGAAUUCAAGACGCAGACUCAUACCCGUACAAGGGUUGGGAUCAAGAGUGCAGUUUUGACAAGUCAAAAGUUGUAGCUAAGAUCGAGAAAAAUGUCAACCUUCCAACCAAUGAAAAGAAGAUGAUGCAAUACACCUUUAAAAACGGACCUAUCUCUAUUGCUCUUGACGCCAUGGCUAUGGGUGCUUACAAAGGAGGUAUUGCCCAUCCAAAUGAAAGAUGGUGCUCAAAGAAUGAAACAAGAGCAAACCAUGGAAUCGCAUUCGUAGGCUACGGUGUGGCAGUCGUUAAACUAGAUGGAAAAAAGAAACGGCUACCUUACUGGAUCGCUAAAAAUAGCUGGGGCACAUACGCUUGUGAUAAGGGUUACUGGUACGUGUACAGAGGUGAUAAUACAUGUGGAGUUGCGAAUUACCCGAGUAGCGGUGUUUUGAAAUGAGGCGAAGCUAAAUGAUACUUCUGUUCAUGAUAAAUCCUCCUCUUUUUGCCUGCUUGUUAACUCCGACCGGAAGACCAACAAGUUUUAUAGACUCGCAUCCUGAAAAGCAUUGUCAGCGCACACUAUUUGUAUGCAAAAUUGCACAGCAGUCGAAAAUUGAUAUUUUUAAUUAUCCUUUAAUUCAUGCGGCUUACACCAUUUAGUAUGCAUCUGUACUUCUAAACCCAAUGAAGAUAUUAAAAUACAAAUAUAAAGCUGUCAGUUUUA